CAUCAGUUAGAUGUUGUAAACAUGUUCUAAAACAAAAAAAAAAGUAAGUCCGGCCCCUUUACCAAAUAAUAUGAAGCUUCUAUUUAAAUCUUAUAGAAAAUUUCCCUCUAUGUACUAAACUAAGGGAAAAAAGAAAAUUGUAUUUUUUUCUAUACAAAAAUAGAAAGCGAUGUUUUUGAAUGAAAAGAAUCCAUGUAACAAAUUGGUAUCAUUUUGAUAUGUGUCAAUUUUAUUUUGUAAAAGUCGAUGUGUCUUGAUUUACGUUGUCACUGAUGUUGGGGGUAUCUAACAUAUAAUAAAUGAUGUUAAAUCGACUAAAUCAGUUGGAGACUUUAAUAUUCUAUACCACCUAAAGCUUCAAGUUCCUUAUAUAAACUGGAAAAAUUCUCAAACGUACCAAAGCAACAAUGAUGUUUAACAAAGUUGCAUCUCAUAGCACAAGCCUUAUUGUUAUUUUUCUUCUGCUCAAUGACUUAUGUAUCGGAGCUGAGAGUGAAGCAGCUGCAGACGGUGAACGCGAAAUACAGCAAUUCCACAACGGUAAGAAGUUUGCAUUGUGGUUUGGACCAAGAUUGGGAAGGAAGAAGAGACAUGAAGAUGACGAGGCGAUUGCCAAAGAAGAAAUGGACGCUGUAAUGAAACUCGUGAAAGAAACACCAUGGGCUGUUGUGGCAUUAAACAAUGGUAAAAGGAGACAAUUGAUUGACUACAUCCCUAGAAGAGGAAGAGAAUCUGGAGAAGAUUCAGAGAUGCUGUCAAGAAUUGGAAGACAAUUUGAUUUUAGACCGAGGCUGGGUCGGGAAAAGUACAUCUACCCAGAGUAUUCGGUGUUAGUUGUGAUCAUAGUUCUAUUAGUGGAAAUAACCACUUAUACAUGUGGCGAUGUCGAUCAAAUGGUAGAUGCUAAAAUUCCAGACGACAAUUACCACCAAUAUCAACAGGGAACGAAGAAGAACUUCGCGUUGUGGUUUGGACCACGACUGGGCCGAAGAAAAAGAAACUUUGAAGAUGAAGCACGAGUCGCAGAAGAGUUUCAGGAGGCCAUGAAACUACUAAAAGAACGACCUUGGAUCAUUAUUGCAAUAGAUAAGAAAGUUGAUGAUUAUACACCACGGCUCGGAAGGGAAUCUGGGGAAGAAAAAAGGGAAGAACUGUCGACGCCGCCAUUUGCCCCUAGACUAGGACGACGACUCUUACCGUUCAAUCCCAGACUUGGGAGAGGAAAUUAUUUAUUUUAA